AAAGACAAGAAAGAGAAAGCCACGAUUCAUUCCACGCGUAUCUCAGUACUGAAUCCUCCCAUCGCCAUUCGUCUCGUCUCGGUUCAAUCAAGCAAAAAUCUUAAUAGCUUCUCAAGAAUCCCUUUUCUCAAAAUAUCCAAGCCCCCAUCGUAGAUUCCAUGGAGAAACUGGAUUUAUCAAAACUGAAGCUGGCGUCGUCUUCCCUAGGGGAACGGAUAAAGACGAGCGGCGCGCAGAUGGGCCGCACCAUCAGCUCCAAAAUGAAGGAAAUCCUGCAAAGUCCCACGCCGGAGUCCAAGGUUGUCGACGAGGCCACAGCUGAGUCCAUGGAGGAGCCCAACUGGGGCCUCAACCUCCGCAUUUGCGCCAUGAUUAGUCGCGGGGAAUACGACGGCACUGAGAUUGUGAGGGCGAUCAAGAAGAAGCUGGCCCCAGGAAAAAAUUACGUCACCCAGAGUUUGAGCCUUGAUUUGCUAGAGGCGUGCACUUCGAAUUGCGACAAGGUGUUCUCUGAAGUGGCGUCGGAGAGGGUAUUGGAGGAUAUGGUGAAGCUGAUCGAGGAUUCGAGGACCGAGCACGGGAAUAGGGUCAGAGCGAUGCAGCUGAUCAGGGCUUGGGGCGAAACUGAGGAUCUCGACUACUUGCCCGUCUUUCGUCAGACAUACGAGCAUUUGAAGUCGAUGGAGAUUCCUCUGUCCACACAAGAAGAAAGUUUUCCCUCCAUGCAAUACAACCUGGAGUCUUACCUUGGCCAACAACCACUGUCACCUCCUGAGAGAUAUCCUAUUCCCAACACUGGAGCAGAAAAUGAAGUAGAUGCCACUUACAUUAGUUAUGGUUUCCAGUCUAUUGAGGAGAAUAAGGAAUUUCUUGUUACGGCUCGUAAUACUCUUGAUAUUCUUUCCAGCAUAUUGAAUUCUGAUACUGAACCGAAACCCCUGAAGGAUGAUCUGACAUUAAGUAUGUUAGAGAAGUGCAAGCAAUCUCUGCCAGUUGUUCAGAGAAUUAUAGAAAGCACAUCAGACGAUGAAGUGAUGCUUUUCGAUGCUCUAAGUCUCCAUGAUGAGCUUCAACUCAUCAUUUCCCGUCAUGGCGAGCUGGCAGCUGCCUCCGAACCUGGACAGCAAAUGAGCAAUAAUACAGAAGAAACGUCUGGCGACUCCAAGACUGACAAAGCUACUCUGCCACCAUUGCGUGGAAGUACAACUGAAAUGGCAGAUUAUUCUGAAGUACGUAGCACUGACUCCAACAAGCCAAGUCAUCAAGAAGAGAGUGCUGAUAAGAGCAGCUGAGUUCUCAACAUCAUUAUCCUUUAAGGAGGUUACUACUUGUUUAAGACUGUCUCUGACCUUAGGAACGAUCUUUCUUCCAGCAGCCUGCGUGCACUGUGAUUAGUUAGUCGGGUUGUAAUUAACGAAAGGGUUCUUUUACUUACGUUAGGGUAUGUGGUGGUUGUACUAUGUACGGUUUCUCUAAUAAACAUGACUUUAUAUGGAUGCUUGAAUCCUGUUCCUCGCCACCAUCG